CAGAAAUUAAAUCAGUCUAACAUGACUGCUUAAGAAAAAGAGUGUCAGUCCAACAUGACUGCUCAAGAGAAAGUGUGUCAGUCCAACCUGACUGUACGAGAGAAGUGUGUCGAGCCUCCGCCCAACAGCCGUUUUUAAACGCUCGGUCCUUCGGCGAUACAAGGCAGCGAAUGUUCGUUUCGUCAUCGCAAAACUAGCCGCCUCCCGCGACAAGGUGACGCACACACACACGCAAACACACAGGUGCGAAGGACUGGAGCCGACGACCGAGGGGAGUCGUUCCGGGAAGCUCGGAGACAUCCUGGGUAGCUCGUUGUCCCGCCGCGGCUUGCUCAUGCGUAGCGAAAUCAGGUUCGCGCUGGGGACCUCGGGCACAAUAGUUCGUCCGUCGAACCCGUUUCGUCACAACGGAGAUGGGGCUCGUGGAUGGAGGUGGUUUUCAGCACAAAGCCCGCUUCUUCGAACGCAGUCUAGCUGCAGCGACGGAGAGUGGGGGAUGCGCGCCUUGUCCCCCAGUCGUAAUUGGGUGGCAAUUUUUCCUUGCCGCUCGCCAUUCUUAACAAGGCUGACACAAUAAACACCGACACGGUAGCGCAUUUCAGUCGAACAAAACCCUUCUAAUGUUUCAGGUAGACAAUCGUCUCUCGCCUUAAGGGUUUUGAAUAAGUGGACGCCGUGAGAGAGAAAGAGACAGAAAGAAACGAUUUUUUUCUCAACUUCUAAUCUCGGGCCAUUUAGCGUCAAGUUUGUCGCAACGAGACCACUUCUGCAUCCACGUCCUCGUGGUCCGGACUCGUGUCAUCAUGAGCUUUCACCCAAGGGCUCGGCCUGCGACGACUUCGAUUCGAGAGUUCUUGAGAUAGUGCUGUUCCGGAGAAAAUGCUGCAACGCGCCAGCUAUCUGUUAUCGGCUUGAAUGCACGCCAGACCGACGUAUACGCACCGGCUGCAGCGGCGAGUGCCGCUUCGCGUCGACGAGCGCGCAACAGCUGUUCUGCAAGGGGAGCACGGCGGAAGGGCUCUCGCUCUGUCUCUCUCUCCCUUGCUCGAUUGCGUCACGUUCUCCUUUCCACGCCUUUUAUUUUUUUCACGCUGUCUCUUACGUGCGUCUAUUCGAGUUUCGUCUCCGCUGUUAGCAACAGCGGUACGUCUUUUUUAAUAGCUGCGUUCUCGGCGGCGACGGCUGCAUGUCUAGUAGAUAUCGCGUGGCCCGGUUGUGCAAAGGGAAAGGGACGACUGUAGGGUGCACUUUUGCACUGUGCGCGUGAUCCAGCUUGCCUUCGGAGGGCUGUGCGUGUAAACGCGCGCGCUUCUACAGAUCGCUGGAGAAGGUUCAUCGGCGGUCAAUAGAGAGAACGGUGUGAAGCCUGCCAGCGACGGCGCUGAACAACGCCCAUAGCAGACGACAUCGAGAGAGGAGGUGGUGGUCGCAUUGGAAGUGCAGACUACGAAAGACGAGAUAGCAGGGACUCGGGUUAUUCUCUUGCCGUUUGUUUCGCGUGCCGCCGCGUUAAUAUAUAUAUGUUUUUCUUUCUCUCCGUGCAACGAUCGCUCCCUUCUUUGUACUUCGCUCGUUGACGGAAGGACCCCGCAGCGGCGAGCGACGGCUUCCUUUACAAGCGCUGCGGAGAUAACGCCGCGCUGGCGCUAGCUUGGCACCGAACGCCGGUCCCUUAUUCGUCAGCGUGCCCCAGCGCUGAAGGCUCUCGGCAACUCCUAUACAGGGCAAUCUUGUUAUGGGCCAUGGACGGCGCUGUAGGAGCAUGCUCUGGGUCAGCGGAGUCCUGGGCGGCAGGUGGUCUUUCUGUUUGCUGACGACGGCUCUUCUAGCGCACACCGAGCAUGCGACCGCCAGAAGGCCCCAAAACCACUCGGAUCUCGCUGUCGGCGACGAACUACAAUCAUUCCAGUACAACGGCAAGCCGGCGGGUUCCUUGUCGAAUGCGACGGUUACAGUACCCUACGAGGAUGCGGACAUGCUUCUCCGGCCGCAGCCAUCGCAGGAGGAGGAGGAAGGAGCCGGAAAUGCCUCGUCAUCGUUCUCGUGGCAGCACCAGCAGCAGCUCGCCGCCGCUCUGUUGACGUUGCCGUGCGUGCCGCCAUCCAUCGACGAGUUCCCGAGGGACCCGUUCACUCAGGAACAGCGACUCCAAGGAUGGCUGGCCGUGCACUUCCUGGUGCUCGCCUACCUUUGCUGCAUGCUGGCCAUCGUGUGCGACGAGUACUUUGUGCCCUGCCUGGAGCGGCUGUCCGGUGCGUUGAAGAUAUCAUCUGACGUCGCCGGUGCUACGGUAAUGGCUGUGGGCACUUCGUCGCCUGAGUUGUACUCUGCUAUUAUUGGUUCCUUUGUCACGGAGGGAGACAUCGGCGUCGGCACCAUUGUAGGCUCGGCCGUGUUCAACAUCCUCGGAGUCACCAGCGUGACCGGCAUCUAUUUGCUCUACACGACAGUGCAGCUUGAGUGGUACCCCAUCGUGCGGGACUGCCUGCUGUACGUGGCCAGCGUCAGCGUGCUCGCAGCCUGCAUCUCUGACAGCAUCGUCCACUGGUAUGAGGCUGUAUCUCUGCUGCUGCUCUUCGGCGUGUACAUCCUGGUGAUGCAUUACAACCCACAGCUCAAGAGUCUGGCCAUCGCGCAGGUGGACGAGUUUGUGGCGUACAUCAAAUCCGAGAAGCCAGCGGGGCCCCGACCAAAAAAAAGCAAAUCCGCAGCGGCACCGGCCGAAGCCGCCAGCGCCCCUGCAGUGAGCGAGGUGGCGGCGCCCCUUCUGUCGUCCGCCAACCACGUCUCGCACUCUCCGCUCGAGCCCGCUGCUGCUGUCUCGGUGGUGAAACCGAGAAGUGGUAGCCAGGCGAGAGUCGGAGUAGCCACCGAGAAAGGCUACCACGACGACGUCAGCGGCGGAGCGCAUCCGUUGAUGGGGCCGGACCGUCGCGCACAAGACGUCGCGGUUGAGAUGAACGGUGAGACCAAGGUGAGUUUUGCGAGGCCCUCAGCCCCUUCGGAAGCCGGAUCGUCCACCGACAAGUCCGGUCGCCGCGGAUGCCCGUCCCGCACCUGGUGGUUGGUCACGCUGCCGGCGUCGUUGCUGCUUCGGGUCACAGUGCCGGACUGUCGGCGCUGGCCGCGCCUGUUCCCGCUCACUUUUAUCAUGGCCGUCGUCUGGAUAGGACUACUGUCCUACCUCUGCGCCUGGAUGGUCACCGUCAUCGGUUAUACUCUGAACAUACCGGAUUCGGUUUCUGGCAUAACCAUUCUUGCGGCUGGAAUCAGCGUACCUGAAAUCAUCACCACUGUCCUCAUAGUGAAAAUGGGUUUUGGCAAUAUGGCAUUCAGCAACCUGAUCGGGAGCAACAUCUUCGACAUCCUGUUCUGCUUGGGCCUUCCCUGGUUGGUGAAGACCCUCUCCAACUCCGGAGGCCGGUUGCGCAUCAACAGCGGCGCGCUCACUUACACGACGCUCACGCUGCUGGCCACCACCGUGCUCAUGCUAGUCACAUUGUGUGCCGCCAGGUGGCGCCUCAACUGGCGCGUGGGCCUCGUCUGCCUGGGACUGUACGUCGCCUUCCUAACGCUGGCGUGCUGCUACGAGCUCAACUACUUCGGGCCUUUCAACCCGCCCACGUGCCGAUAAUAACGCGGAGAUCUCAGUUCGGACGCCCGCAUCACGUGCGCUGUGCCGGUUUGAACUUCACGCAGCAACGAACCAGACUCGUUGAUGCAUCGUGUGCCGCUUCAUUCGUCCAUGCGUUUCUUUCACAGCGCCUACCUCACCUGGAUCACGGUUGCGCGUGUAAUGGCUAGCUCCUCUUGAGCUGUAUUCAGUGCUCAUAGAGAGCUGAUGGUGCUACGUGACUUCAGUUGCUUCAGGACGCGCUCCUCAAAGACCUGAGUCGAGCGUCGUGUCAGUUUGGUGUGUGACACCGAUCACGGUCACGACGAGGUCCAAAUGUUCGUGCACAAUUACGCGCUGUAGAGGUACUAACUAUACUCACUGGAAGCUGCGUGUUUGUGACCGACGGACAGUUUACACGCGUUUGUACGCGCGUGCCGUACACAAACGCACGGGGAACGAGCGCUUUACAUCUACUUUGUUAUACGCCAUAAUUUGCUGUAUCCAAAGCGUGACGUGAACGAACUGGGAGUAGGGCAUUGCUACGGCGGUGCAUUCACAGCUCGCACCAGCGUCUCCGUCGUGAUACCGUGGCACUCAGUGCACACGCCGCAGUGCCCCUGUUUUUUAAAAAAUAUCUGGGGUUGUAACACGUGCCAAAAACAUGAUCUGAUUAUGAGGCCCGCCGUAGUGGGGGACUCCGGAUUAAUUUUGACCACCGAAGGUUCUUUAACGUGCAUCCAAAGCUAGGUGCACGAGCAUUUUUGCAUCAUGACUCGACCGAAAUGCGGCCGCCGCGACCAGGAUGGAAUCCGUGACCUGUGCCACUGUCUGCCUUGAAGGCGCAACAGUGCCUAUGCUUGUUUUUCUUUAGCUAUCGGUGACCGUAUGUGUGAUAUGGUGAAAACCCAUGGCCUAAUUCGCAAGGAUCUUCGUUCGUGACAAACAUUUUUCUUUGGCUGGCCACCUUCGCUGAAGUGAUCUUCACAAUCACGACUUGGCCAAUACCCCUUAUUACGAACUCCGCUGGUGUACGAAUUGCUUUGUGCAUAUGGUCAUUGAUAAUGAACCAUUAUGUGGUAAUGUAUAUGGACCGUCAUUGUUCAUGGUGAUGUUUAGCACGAACGGAAGUACUUGUUUUUCCACUCUUGUUUUGAACUGCCUGUUUUUUCUCUUUCGUAUACAAAUUGAUAUAUGCAGUUGUGCUGAAGAGCACUCUCCUGGAAAUUCACUUGUCGGCAAAGUAGUUAUUUCCAAGCUACAGCGUUAGCAGUUCCUAUGCCUUGUACCUACAGACAAGUGCUGAUUUACAAAAACAUGGAUUUAGUCAUGGUUUGCACUUGAUGACCAAGUCGGUGGGUACGCAUUUGGCUUAAGUUAGUAAUUUUGUCUAUGCAUUACUGUCGUCACGAUGCAAACUCUAUAUCAGAGUUCUUGUUGCAAAUAAUAUUGUAGUGGUUAAAAAGUAGAUUUAACAUUUGGAGUAUGAUAUAUCGAGAAUUUUCGGAGGGAGUUUUCGUUCUCAUGGCAUGUCAGCCAUUUGAGAACUGAAUGGUACUUAAGAACCAAAACGGGGUAAAGGUACUGCUAGUAUUGUUGGGCGAAGGUCCAUUCUAGACUACCAACCAAAGCACCGUACUGCCUGUUGGGAUAGUUUGGUAGAUUUGGGUUAGAUUUGGGUUCGUCCUCAUUGCAGUAAGGCUGAACCGCAUAUGAAGAAUAGAAUUACUUAGACUGCAUUCGAGUUCGUGAUCGAAGAGAGUCUUUUGGCUCUCGUCUCCUUUUCACUGCCAUGCUAAAUGCUUUGUUAGCAAUAUUUGUUGCAUCGAUUUUAGUAGGUGAUAUUCAUUUGUAAAUUCUUAAUUGUCUCUUCUUAAACGUAGGUUUUAUGCUAACCGUAGUCUGACUACAAUUCAUAAAGGAGUUCCUUCUUUUUUUCUGUUCUAUUUGCUUUCGAUACACGUUCAAUGACAACCUGACCGUAAGACGCGUUGUGCUAACUUGUGAAUAUCAAACUGAAGUCCACCGUAGCACUUUCAACGUAUAGAACGUGUUUUAAGGGUGAAGCAAUAGUAAUGACGACGAUAACAACAGUAGCAGCAUAAGUAUACGAAUAGAAGUCUUUUAACCAGAGUGAUAUUGUGUUAUUUCUCACUUGUUUAUUGAAUUCCAGAGUACAACAACGAUAUUAUGUUCUUCGUUAGUGUUUGCGCAUAAAACCUGUGACAGUGCAACCAAUAAAACAUGGGCCACUGUGACGGAACGAUUCUAUAACGAUGCUAUUCUUUUUCGCACUUCGUCAGUGGUUCGAUAGGCGCUCCGCCCAUGUUAUCACCAGGACCGAUCGUAGGUGGUGGAUGAUAGGAAAGUAAUAAAAUCAAGCAAAUGGGGAUUCGUUACAUUAUACCGGCCAUGAUUAACGCGGAUGGUACGAUACGAGGAAUGACAGCUGGAACGGUACACUACAAAUUGCGCUUCACAAACUGAGCUUAUGUGAAACAACAACAACAACAACAACAAGCUUAAACAAAGUCAACUCCACGUGACAUCUACGUAAUGCGGUCAGGCAGACAAUGGUGCUUAUGAAUCGUAUAAGUGUUCUGCAGCGAGCGGUCAAUGCUUUUGCGACGAAUUGUGAGCUGAUGCAGAGUGUAUCGCAUGGCGUUGUUUGUUGGAGUGAUACACAGUGACCCACGUUGGCGUCAAAGAGGAUCGUUGAAGAGUGGCACCUAUGCAGUGGCUCCAGGGGCGCAUGCCCAGUGCUCAAGACCGGCACACUGUCUUCGCAUCGGCUUACAUUUUAGACUGCACUAUUUUUGGCAUGGGCUCACAUUUUUCGACUGCACUAUUUUCGGGAUCGGCUCAUGAAAACGUCGAGAUAGUCACUAGAUAGUCGAUAAGGAACACUGGGUUGAAGUCGCCAAGAAUGAUCCCCAUUAAAACAAUUGCCCAAGUUACUUUCUGCAUUCAAAAUUUCUCAUAAUAUUGCUGCAUGAAGAGAGACAGUGGCUGAUGGAUACGUCGCCUCAGCCUUGAGCCUAUGUUCAUCUGCGUCCAACGGCAUCUGUAGCAACUUUUACUGCCAAUAAUUCCGUAUGCUGGUUGGUUGGUUGGCUAUGGUAUUAACUACUGCAUACGGAUAUAUUUGGGCAUUCUUUUCUUAAUUGAAAUUAAAAAUAAUGCUUGUACAUUUUGGUAGCUUAAAACUUGUCUUCAGUACCACCAACAGCAUCAACUGAUGACUGCCUCCCAAUCCGACAAUGUAGUCGUUGCUUGUAGGAUUCUAGGGAGGUCUAUUUUUGAGUUCUUGCUCUUUAUAAUUCUUACCGGUGACCUAGUACGUCGUUUCACCUGCACAGGGCGGCUGUAUAACGGUGACAGUUUAGUAAAUAUGUAAAGAAUGAUAACAAAGUUUGAAUUUUAUUUAGCAUUAGUGGAAAAUGGCAUUCAUUAUAUGAUACAAAGACAGGGUCAACAUUCAAAGUUUAUUCGCAAGCGAAUCAAAUUUCUCUUGCAGUACGUGUAGGGAACGUAUACAUUCGUAAAGGUGCGAACCAGCGCUAGGAAACCGAACACGAGACGAUGUCGAGAUGAAGCCCGAGACCAUAUAGCGCAGAACUAACAAGUGAACUCGGCGACGUGUUGCGUCGCCUCAACCUCGUGUUCUCUGGCGCUGGUGUUCGCAUAAUGAAAAAAAAAAAGCCCAACGUGAUGUGCUAGCAUUGUUAAAGCUUUAGUACACAAGUAGCUCGGUGAGGAGUUCCGAAAUAAUAAAAAAAUAAUUUUAGACGAUGUCGGCGCUCUUAGAUGGCACCGGCCCCUUCUCGUCAUUUGGUGAACAACAUGAAAUCCCGAUAGGCACCGAAGAACACUGAACACAGUGUUCACACAGUGGAGACAUUUGCCAUGUAUAUUGUAUGUACCCGCUGACCCACUGACUAGAAAAUGUGUUAUUAGGCGACAGUAUCGCGUCUACUUUUGAGACUUUCGACUACAUAGGUGUGGAGACAUUUGCCAUAGUCUUCCUGUGGAAACGUUGCUUUAUAAGUCCUGGUGCUUGUGUGAAAUGAUUAUUUGAUAUGUAACCGUGAACCCUGAGUGAUGUAUGACGGAACCACCCAAGAGAUAAGGAGUAGCCGGCGCCUUAAAUUGCGCGCCAACAUCUCCUUAUAUCAUGUCAAAAAAAAAAAAAACACGAACACACGCAAAGUUGUGUUCACGAGUCUAGGAAGCCCUAGAUCUGUAAACUGUAACUCGGAGAAACAAAAGUUUACAGCGUUACGUUUAAAGAGAUCCGAGUGACCCUUUGUCCCCCCUGGAAUUUUCGUAAGGCUACACAGAAAGUAAAAAAAAAAUGAUUCUGCAAUUGAAUCAAGGAGAAGCUUAUGCUUUCAGGGUGAUAUCACGUCCAUUUAGGAACGGCAGGAUUGAAACCUGACGUCAUGUCGGUUCAAAAAAGAAACUCGAACUCCUAUACAGCAUUUACGUUUACAAAUGUGGCGACAAACCCGGCGACUUGCUUACUUAUCCCAUCAUUUUAUUUCUACUGAGACUUAGACCUGAACGGGAGUUUUGAGAAAUAAGAAUACUGCGAUUGAGCUUCUGAAAGAGAAUUCAUUUUUAUAUUUCAUGGGAUUAUUGUGUGCAACAAACUGCUUUUCUUUUUGGCAGUGCGUCCAAGGCACAGUGUCAUGGACUUUUGCCCGAUUUCACUUGUUUCUACCUUGGCAUUAGUAACUUUUCUUGGAACGUACUCUGUCGUCUUGCCUGUUAUAUUGCAUUGUUUCUUCAUCAGUGUAAAAUACUGACUAUUGUACCUUUGGCCCACCCUGCCACACUUCCUUUAAUGGCCCUGCAAGUGCUGAAAAAAAUAA